AUGGGGCAGCGUGGGUCUCGGAUGCCACCGGUAGACACACCGGUGGGUGACUCAGUUUCCCCAAACCUAACGGAGCGAUUGUCACUAACUGCGCCGAGCGCCGCGGUCAUUGGCGCUGGUGUAGCGGGUGUGCAUGUCGCCUAUGAGCUCGCCAGGCUGGGCUUCAAGGUGACCGUCUUUGAGCGCCGCGGCGACAUUGCGGGAGGGGAGACGAGGGACUCGCUCCCUUUUGUGGGUGUCGGACUGAUUGAGCCUUCGCUGACUCGGACGGCAUUGCGCAACGAAGUGCUGCGUGGCAUGCUGUUCCCCACCACCUGCCCGGAUCUGAUUGCCCGCGAACACCUGUUUAACACUCUGCUCAACCCAGUGGUAUACCGCUGGAUGUGGGGACGUGCUCGAUCCUGUUUCUCCGACGUCGAAGUGAUGGCAUACACAAACAACCUGUCCUGCGUCAGUCACUCGGUUGUGUGCGAGCUCGUGAAAAAGUACCCCCAUCUCCAUCAGCAUGUAUUCGCUGGACCGAUUACGGUUCUCAACGAGCAAAAAGAGCCCGCCGUGACAGCGCACGCGGCGCCCCUGAUGAUCGAUCCCGUUGGCUGGACCCGAGCAUUAGCUGACGUGUGCGCGCGGUACUACGGCGUACAGUUUGCCCUCGGUGAGCGACUCGAAGACACUGCCACCUACCUCAAGUAUAAUGUCGAAUCCACAAGGAGCAUUCGUGUGUCGAAGCCUGACCCCUCGCAUCCGGAGCAGCGCCUUUUCGCCUGCGAAGGAUACGAUGUGGUGGUCCUUGCGGCGGGGGCUAGCACUGGGACCAUGACCCUUCCCAACUCUCGCCUCCCAGUACUGGGUCUCAGCGGCCUCUCGGCGGUAGUGCAGCAACCAAACGGCGCCCUUAAAGACGCGAUUCGGUCCCUCUUUCAAGGCAAGCCGCGCCGACGCCCAUCCGCGGCAGCGACCUCGUUUUCCCCGGCCGCAGAUGCUCUAUCCGGUGGCGAUGGUGUAGUAGGCUCUCUUGCGCGCCUCACCCCAGGGACACUGGCGCUGCUCAGCAGCCACUGCAGUCUUUAUGGCUACACGUGGCCCAGCACCUCCUCCUCUACAAAUAGUCACGAUGGGCUCGACGGCAGUUCAUCUGCCGUCGCCUCCAUGAUGCAGUCAAAGGUUUUGCCCACACCACAGGACGUUGUGCUGCAAGGGUUGCUCUCCCUGGACAGCACUGCCAAGACCGAAACUCGCGCACUUGUGUUGAGGCAGCUCGAUCGUCUGGAGUCAUAUUUGCGAAUCAAGUGCGGCUGGUCAGUCCCCCUCAGCUCAUUUUCCACGUCAACGGAAACCGAGCGUGGUAGCAAUGUCGUGCGCGUACGCGAGUACGUGCGAGCCUUCACCCCUGACGGUGUUCCCAUCGUCGACCACAACGGCGGCUCCUUCAACUGCUUUGUAUGCUGCGGCUUUGGCGACCACGCCAUGGACUUUGCACCGGGCGCUGCAAAGGUGCUUGGCAAGCUUGUGGAGCAUCAAGCGCAGUGCCUCCGCGAGGAAGACAUUGAAAAGGUGAAGAGCUGGGGUCUGCUGACGUCGAAGUUGUCACCGAGUCGACGGACAGAGGUGGAGGAGGAGUUGCGGCUGCUUUUUAGUGGCGUGAACCCAGAAGCAGUAACGCGGAAGCAGUCAAUGACAGGGAGCGAGGCGCCGACUCUGACCUGGCUGAGACCCGAAGGCAACCCAUACAGCACGAACCGAUUCAUCAACAUGGUGCGCAAAGAGGUGAAAGUGGACGAUAGUCCGCCCAUCUUGAGCCGCCUCUAUGCCUUCGAGGAAGGCCUUCUGACUCGACUGGAGCCGUACCGCCGCCGCUUUCACGCCAAAGCCACCGAGCUGGCCCUUCGAGAAAACAUGCCUGACUGGCUACACACCAUCGUGUUCUGCUACAUGUAUGAGGAGGACGACAGUCCGGACGCGCAGGCACGGAAGGAAAAGCACCUGCGUAGUCUUCAGAGGCUCGCGAGCCAGUACGAGACCCCGGUGGCCGACGCUAAGUGGACGGGUAACGGCGCCGAAGAGAGGUCCCUCACAUCGACAGAGCACAGCAAGCGUCAGCAGACGGAACUGGAGCGUCGCGUGCGCGAAGUCUUUACCAAGAGGGGGUAA